CGACGUCGUUCGUUGCCGCCGCCGCCGCCUCUCCCCGGUGACCGAGGGCACCGGCGCUGCCCAGCGGGACCCCUUCUCCGGCCGACGCCUCGUCCCCGCCGUCGCCUCUGCUGGAGCCGGCACUGCUCGCGAAGCAGCCAUGAGCUGGGGCACGGAGCUGUGGGAUCAGUUUGAUAACUUGGACAAGCAUACACAGUGGGGCAUUGACUUCUUGGAGAAAUAUGCAAAAUUUGUAAAAGAAAGGAUAGAAAUUGAGCAAAACUAUGCAAAACAACUGAGAAAUCUGGUUAAGAAGUACUGUCCUAAACGUUCACCCAAAGAUGAGGAACCCAGGUUUACUUCGUGUAUUGCCUUUUUUAACAUCCUUAAUGAGUUGAAUGACUAUGCAGGACAACGAGAAGUAGUUGCAGAAGAAAUGGGACACAGAGUGUACGGAGAAUUGAUGAGAUAUUCUCAUGAUCUAAAAACCGAGAGAAAAAUGCAUCUUCAGGAAGGGCGGAAGGCUCAACAGUAUCUGGACAUGUGCUGGAAACAGAUGGAUAAUAGCAAAAAGAAAUUUGAGAGAGAAUGCAGAGAGGCAGAGAAGGCACAGCAAAGCUAUGAAAGACUGGACAAUGACACUAAUGCGACAAAGGCUGAUGUUGAGAAGGCUAAGCAACAAUUAAACCUGCGCACACAUAUGGCUGAUGAAAACAAAAACGAGUAUGCUGCACAACUACAGAACUUUAAUGGGGAACAGCACAAACACUACUACAUUGUCAUUCCUCAGAUUUAUAAGCAACUUCAAGAAAUGGAUGAAAGAAGGACUAUCAAACUUAGUGAAUGUUACAAAGGCUUUGCUGACUCUGAGCGCAAGGUUAUUCCGAUUAUCUCCAAGUGUUUAGAAGGGAUGAUCCUUGCAGCAAAAUCAGUUGAUGAACAUAGAGACUCUCAGCUAGUGAUAGACUGCUUCAAAUCCGGUUUUGAACCUCCUGGAGAUUUUCCAUUUGAAGAUUACAGUCAGAAUAUUUACAGAACUAUCUCCGAUGGAACCAUCAGUACACCAAAGCAGGAAGGAAUGAGAAUUGACUCAAAAACUACAGUGGGCAAGGCUAAAGGAAAGCUGUGGCUAUUUGGAAAGAAGCCAAAGGGCCCUGCACUAGAAGACUUCAGCCAUCUCCCUCCAGAACAAAGACGCAAGAAACUGCAACAGAGAAUCGAUGAACUUAACAGAGAACUACAGAAGGAAACAGACCAAAAAGAUGCCCUCAUCAAGAUGAAGGAUGUUUAUGAAAAAAAUCCCCAGAUGGGUGAUCCAGGCAGUUUGCAACCAAAAUUAACUGAGACGAUGAGCAACAUGGACCGUCUUCGGAUGGAAAUACACAAGAAUGAGGCCUGGCUCUCUGAAGUUGAAGGUAAAGUAGCAGCCAGAAGCGACAGGCGGCACAGCAGUGAUAUCAACCACCUUGUAACACAGGGCAGAGAGAGCCCUGAAGGGAGUUACACGGAUGAUGCAAAUCAGGAAGUUCGAGGCCCACCGCAGCAACAUGCACAUCCGAAUGAAUUUGAUGAUGAGUUUGAAGAUGAUGAUCCAUUACCCGCUAUAGGACAUUGCAAGGCAAUAUAUCCAUUUGAUGGUCAUAAUGAAGGCACUCUAGCAAUGAAAGAGGGGGAAAUUUUGUACAUUAUUGAGGAGGACAAAGGAGAUGGGUGGACAAGAGCUCGAAGACAUAAUGGAGAGGAAGGCUAUGUGCCAACAUCAUAUAUAGAUGUAACGCUAGAGAAAAACAGCAAAGGUUCCUGAAGCGGGUUUCUGAGAAAAUGGGCGAGAUCUUGAAGGAGGUUACAUGCAGCUGCUGGGGUGGGGGGGGUACUAGACUGGGAGGCCCAAGGGGAAAAGCUAGUUGCAUGAAUGCAUGCAGACAUACAUUUAGUCACUAACAUCUUAGCAUCUCCAUACAUAGGUAAGGAUGUAUUACAAAUUCUUCAAUUUGUGCAGGAAAAUAGAGUUCCAUUACCAGAGUAAAAAGGCUACUGCUCCUACAGUUGCUUUAUUUUCAUUGUCCUAGGUUGUCCCAGAUGCACAAACUAUAUUUUAGCUUGUGCUAUGUUUUGGUUAUCUCAGUUAUGCUCUUUUCCAACUCAUUUUAAUUGGCAGUCAUUUAGAACCAAAUGCCAGUUACCAGUCUGCCUGUGCCACCUCCAUGCUCGCCGUUAACCUCCUCCUGCAUGCCUAGGACAGUCAGGCAUGUCUGCAUAACACCUUGCUGUCAUUGCUUGUCUUAUUUUGUAACAAAUCAUUUUCUUUAAAUAUCUUCAGCCCUAGAGUUUCAUCCCAGUAUCCAUGUAUGCUGCUAUAACUAUACCACUGCAACCAUCAUUACAUUCCAGUUUUUGGCAUAACUGAUAAGAGACCGUAAUGUAUUUGUGUUGAUUUGGGGAAAUAAUAAUACAUCUUGGCUCUAGCCUACAAUGCAACCGAGAGAAACUCCUAGAACUGUGGUCCACCUUCAGCACUUCAGUAACCCGUUGUGAGCACUGAAAACCUGGAACACCACCAGAGAGAUUCACCACUGCAAGCUAAUGACUGUUUUCAGAAGUCAACCACUUGCCAUUCAAAUGCUGCCUUAAACUAGAGUGCCUAAAUCUGUUGUUUGCCAACACUACCACUUACAGUAUCCCACAAAGGGCUUUGUGUCUCAGCUCUUUUCACAGUGCUGCAGCUGCUGAGGUAGCCACGGUAGGUGUUUUCUAGAGCUCUACUUUACUGGAUACAUGGUGCAUCAUGAAUUUUAUACAUUGAAACGCAUAUCUCCUCAUUUAACUUUAAUAUUUUUUUAAAAUAUUUUUAUGGAAACUGUCUUUUAGUUUUCACUAUGAAGUUUCAAUUUUAAUUACUGCAGUGCUAGUCCAUUUCCAGGUGAUGCUUCAUUGUACGGACCAGUUGAAAUUUGUGUGAUACUUCGUAAUGAUCUAUGUGCACUUUUACUUGUAAACAAUUGAAAUUUGGAUAUGUUUAUACGUGUAAAUAUAGUUGUCUGCAGUGCCCCUAUAGCUUAUGUUGUCUUGCCUCCCAUUUGUGGUUCUAUUAAUAAAUACAUAAUAUCUGAUUUAUUAGGGUGAUAAGAAUUAGACUAGAGAUGUGGGGGGGAGGGAUACUUGUAUCAAAGCAACCUUGUCAACCCAGCCACCUGCUGUUUUGGGAAAUGAAAUAAUAAUCAAAACAUCCUUUUUUUCUGGGGUCUGAAGCAAUAUUUGGAUGCAGCAGUGCUGGAUUCUUUUUAAUUUCAGUGUUAUUAGGAACUGUACUACCAGUAAAACUGAAUUUGAGUGACUUGUGUAGAGGUUUAUUCCUUUUGUUAUGUACACCACUAUUACACAGCUUGACCUAGUGUAUUAUGGGGGCUAUUAAACUCUAAAGUUUAGAUUUUUGGAGCUUGUAUACAGGGUUAUUUAUAUAAUAAUGUGACAUUACUCAAUACUGACAAAACUACUUAGGUAGUUUUUUGGGUUUGGGGGUUUGUUGGUAUUUUGGGGUUUUUUGUUUUCUUAUUUUUUUAAUUUAGUGCUUUUUUAUUUUAAAGUUAGAGAAAAGGAGGAAAUGUGAUCUGUGUAUUUCUGCUAAAGGGCCUGUGGUUUGCCUGGCUAACAGCCUUGCAGGUCAGUAAUAACACUUCCUGGUAAAGGACUAAAUGUUCUUUUCAUGCUACUGUUUGUUUUUCUAAAACCAGGAUUUGCUUCCUUUGGAGGCAGGUUGCUUUCAUGAGGGAUAGUGCAACUUGUAUGAGGGUUAUUAAACAUAGGAAAAAAACAUUUGUACUUGCACAGCUAGUUAUAAAUCAUUCUAAAAUUCUGAACGUGAGUUGUCUUAAAGAAUCUUACAUUUUCCAGUAAUUUUUAAUCCUUUUCUGUGCACACGUUGAUUUCCUAAAUGUUAAAUGCUUUGUUUAAAAAUAGUGUUCUCUGUUGAGAAUAUUUUCAUGGAAUAAAAAAAU